AUGGAAGCGUCCAGUACCCUCGCGCCGGCAGCGUCGCCGGCGACAACCACCCCGAGACCCACGCCGCCGUACAGCCCGAAGGCGGCCCCCCCGGUCUUCCUCCUCGGGGCGCGCCCGCUGAGCCUCGACGGGCACGUCUUCAGCCAGGCGACGGACCACGGCGGCAUGUCCCGGUUCCGCGUCGACUGCCCGACCGCCAACUACAGCGCCGACUUCCACGACCUCGACGGCAACGCCGAGUGCCGGCGGGCGGACCUCUUCCCCGCCGUGGUGUCCCACGACAUGGGGCGCUACUACACGGACAACAUCUGGGGCGGGACCUUCACGCCGGCCGCGGCUCCCGCCACGACGUGGCGCUGCGAGCUGCCGCACCACUUCAUGUACCAGCUGGCCGACGCGACGGAGGGCUUUAGGGAUGGCAACUGCUCGCACUGGGCGUCUGCGACCGGCCCGUCGGGGGCGUCUGCCGCCACCACCGCGUCGACCCUGGACCGCUGCGACAUGCUGCGCGGCCGCGUGCCCCUGGGGUACACGGGCGCCGGGCUCGAGGGCUCGGGGCGCAACUUCCCGGGUGUCUGGGAUGAUCUGCGGUACCCCAUGAACCCGUACCCCUUCAACUCCUGGAUGGUCGAGGUGCUCAGCUCGCUCGGGUGCCCGGACCCCACGGGCCUGGUGGGCUUUGCGCUGGCGCCGCCGCCGCCGCCGCCGCCCACGGGGACCGGAUCGGCCUCGGGGACCGGGUCGACCUCGGCUGCGAGCGCGGGCGUGGAGUCCGGGGGUGGGAGAGCCGGCCCCGGGGUUUUGAUCUGCGUGGCGCUGGCGUGUGCGAGUAUGGUUUGGCCGGAUGAUGUGGCAGGAUCGAGCAUCGAGCAGGAGAGCGUCGAUCAUGCGCAAUGA